UUUAUUAGAAAGUACAAAAACUUUAAUGCUGCCACUUCUUUCUUCGUCUCCUUAUAAUUCCAACUUGUACCGCAACUUGCUCGUUUGAGUUGCACCCCCCUCCCCAUCUUCGGAUUAUUCUUUUACCAAUAUUUAUUUUUUUCAUCCUCACGUUUUGGCUUUUUUAUUUCCUUUCCCCGUCUCUUCUGUGAUCCCUUGCUGGGCAUCAAGACGGUAAACUGAUCUGAUCUUACCUGCACAUUCUAUUUGCUUAAUGCUUCAUGCCACACGGCGCAUCACCCCUCAUGAGCGCCUACUACGCGUAAACAAAUGUAUUAAAGAGAUUUCGUUUGAAUCUCGCAAUUAGCGGCUAUCUCGGCUUCUCUUCUCGUCAUAGCCCAUUGUAUAGCUAGUUUGCCAGUUACUUGGCAUGCAAUCGUCUUCCUGAAUGCAUCUAGAUCAGAAUAUCCUCCCCAGGUCCGUGUCCAUAAGUCGGGGAUUCUCGAACUCUUCUUCGCCUCUUGGACUCUCUUCGCUUUCUACUAGGGAUCCGGUAUUUGCGCCUUCAUCCGAUCAACGACCUCCUUGAGUCGCGCGACUUUUAGUCCCGUCCCUCUCUCUCUUCCCAUUCCACGGGCUCCCGAACCGAGUUUGCCCCACGAGGUUCGGCGAUAAACCAUGGCUUGGGAUCACCUCUCGAUCACCAAACCCCACUUGGUGUACAUCAUCUUGGGGGGUUUCACUUCGCUUUUUAUGCUUUGUUCUUCCGUUAUUAAGGAGCGCAUGUAUAUUGGUGAAGCGACUGUUGCUACUCUGUGCGGUGUCAUCUUUGGUCCCCAUGCUGCGAAUCUAAUCAACCCCGACUCAUGGGGGAAUGUUGACGAGACCACGCUCGAAUUCUCGCGAAUCGUCCUGGUUGUUCAGUGCUUUGCCGUCGGAGUAGAAUUGCCAAAAUAUUAUAUGGAGAAGCAUUGGAAGUCCGUCGUGUUCCUGUUGAUUCCUGUCAUGACCUUUGGUUGGCUGAUUACGAGUCUGAUCAUCUGGUGGUUGUUCCCGAUUCUAUCAUGGCUCGAGAGCUUGGUCGUUGCCGCUUGCGUGACUGCCACGGAUCCUGUCCUUGCUUCUUCGGUCGUAGGUAAAGGAAAGUUCGCGAAGCGAGUGCCGAAGCACUUGAGAGAUGUGCUCUCUGCCGAGUCCGGCUGCAACGACGGCAUGGCCUUCCCCUUUAUCUACCUCUCUCUCUAUCUACUUCAGGAAAACCUUGACGCUAAACAGACAACAUACCACUGGCUUGUCUAUACCGUCCUCUACGAGUGCAUAUUUGGUGCCGUCUACGGCUUCCUGAUCGGAUAUAUCGCAAGACACGGCAUCAAAUUUGCUGAAAAGCACGAUUUGAUCGAUCGCGAGAGCUUUCUAGUCUUUUACUUUACGUUGGCUCUUUUCUGCGCUGGUUCGGGUAGUAUUCUAGGUGUGGACGAUUUGUUGGUUGGGUUCGCCGCUGGUGUUGGGUUUUCGAACGAUGGUUGGUUCAGUGAGAAGACCGAAGAGUCGCACGUAUCUAACGUUAUCGACUUACUGCUCAACUUGGCUUACUUCGUUUACCUCGGUACCAUCAUUCCCUGGGAGCAAUACAAUGAUUACAGCAUUGGCCUUUCCGCUUGGAGGCUCACUGUGAUGGCCAUAUUCGUCAUUUUGUUUCGACGAAUCCCGAUCAUGAUGCUACUUAAGCCAUUCAUUCCUGAUAUCAAGACCUGGCGUGAAGCUCUGUUCGCUGGACAUUUCGGCCCUAUUGGUGUAGGUGCGAUAUUCGUUGCCUUGCUUGCUCGCGCCGAAUUAGAGACUGAGCAUAGCAUCCCGGAAGCCGAACUUCCGGAGGCUGGUACUAAGUUCUAUAAUGUCAUCCUCCUGGUCUGGCCUAUUGUCACCUUCAUGGUAGUUGCCUCUAUAUUGGUUCAUGGUUCUUCGGUGGCCGUGUUUACUCUGGGCAAGCGCAUCAACACACUUCAACUCACCAUGUCCUUCACGACCGCCCCAGAAGAUGGACACACCUGGAUGAAUCGACUACCGCGAAUCUCAUCACUAUCACGAUCUCAAGCAAGAACUAAUUCUGAUACUGAUUUCGAAGAGAUCAAAUCACCGGACUUCCCUCCUGGUACUCUAGGGCCUGUUGGGCUACCUGGGCAAUUUCUACGUCGCCAGCGUGAAGAAGAUAACCCAAGUAGGGCAGGAAGCCGUGCCUCAUCUCUAUCUGGCCGACGCCGUAGUAGAAAGAAGUGGGAUGACGGCAUUGGCCCUGGAGGACCUGUUAGUCAGUCCGCUAUCUUUCCACAGCGAAAGAGUACGAGUGAGAUAACAGAGCCUAUGUCACCUUCCGAUUCCGUACCGCCUUUGUCACCACGGCAGGAAAGCCCUAGCUCUCCCUCUGACGAAAGCCCCGAGAAGGAUAGCGAAAAAGACAUUGAGAAAACCUUAGAUGCUAGAAAAGAGCAAGAAGCAGAGCUUAAGGCAGUGCAUGAGCUAGAGCGCGAGGCAGGUCAAGAGGGGCCACGUAGGCGACAGCGACAUGAGGAACUAGAGGUGUAUGACGAGGGCGACCACAUUGUGAUUGAGGAUCAUGAAGGCCAGGUUCUCGCAGUCCAGGAAACUGGACAUAAAAGCAAGGAUUUACAUGAAGUAAAGGAAAAGGCCAGAGCCGAGGUCCAGAAGCCUGGUUGGACAUAUGACUCCCUCAAAAAGAGUAUCGGAAAAUGGCGUGACGAGGAAGCGCAAAAGCGCAAGGAGAAGACAAAGACUGAGCGGAAGCACGAGCCAGCCAGAGCAUAUCAAUUCGGCAAUACGAUUAUUGUUGAAGAUGUCGACGGAGAAGUCGUGCGAAAGUACGAUUUACCUAGCGACGGCAAAGACUAUGUCGCGACGAGCUUGAAAUACAUGGGAAUGGGUGGCCUCGUUAAGCCAUCUGACAAAUCUGCAACUCAAGCCGGAGAAUCAUCUGCCGCGCAAGCUGGCGAGCCCAAGCCUCCAGCUAGGGCAAGAACUGCCGGAUGGCCUGGUUUCAAUCGUGGAGGUGCUGCUGAACAGAGAAGACGGGACGCUACCUCUCCCACUGGAAGAAGGUCAGAGGAUGAUCGAGGUAUUCGAUUCACGAUUGGUGGUGCUGGACGGCGCUUGAACAAAGACGACUUCCUCAGCGAAGUACAGAAGUUGGAUGCCAGAACUCGCCGCGAGGUGGUAGACCAAUCCUCAGCUCCCCCAGCGAUCAAGUCGAUGGCAACGGAAGAACCCGGGACGAGCGCACCCAACGUCGAACAACCCCCGGUCCACCCCCAUAUCAGCGUAACUCAGGCUAGCACUAGCUCGCGAGACGGGAGCGAAUCACCCACCCGCCCGGAGCCCGCCCGCGGACGUAGCGCAACAGUGGGUUCGGACCAAGUACCAUUGGACGCCCCGGAGACGGCAGCGGAGAGACGCCGUAGACUAGCUGCUUUUGCGAGCGUUCGUGAGGAUAAUGACACGGAGGAGACGCCGGCGGAGAGACGGAGAAGGGAGGCAGCGCUGGGCGUGGAUAGCGGCACAGCCGACGACAGCGACAGCGAUGACGACGAUACCCCUAGAGUACCGCCCGCUAGGCGCGGGAUCCGGUUCGCGGACUCCCCGCCGAAUAAGGGUUAGGUUGGCACAUGCCUUACGUACACAUGUUUGUACGAGCGAGAAUUAGGAUUUGCAUUUUUUUCUACUUAUUUUAUAUUUGCCUUUUCCUGCUAGGAAUGAUAAGAGAUAUGAUACACAGCUAUGGUACCUUACGGUUCAGAACGAGAGUGGAUGAUUGGCAGCGGGAAGUCGGUAGAAGUCGUACGCAUGAGGUACUUAGAGAGCAAACGAUCUCUUUCCCUAAUGUUAAGUAAUGUUAUGCUAGUGUUAGUAUGACCGGCACUAUAUGCGUAGCGGGUUUCCGGGCGCGACGACAUCCACGGGUACAUACGAGGAUCUGGAUAUGAUAUGGAUAUGGAUAUACAUGCCUAUUACCUAUAUAUUUGGGGUAUAAGGAUAAGAUUUAAUUUUAGUAGUAUAUAUACUUGUAUAUGUGUACGUAUAUUUUUGGUCAGUAUUAUUACUAUUGAUUGCUUUGAAGCUGUUAUGUGAAGAUAUUUUGUGAUGUUAAUACAAAUAAAUAUGUACCUACCUGUUGCUAGGGAAAAUGACGUCAUAAGCAAAAUUAGGAGAAGAUGG